AGUAAGGCACACAAAAAUACAGGAGGCGGGAACAGUAAAUAAAUAAGCCAGUGCCCAGCGCCGGUGGAUGCUCAGCGCAACAAGUUCGCUUGUUCGUCACCCCGGAAUUUCAUCUACUCGGUGCUCCUGCCUUUGUGUUUGACAGCUCGACAGCUCGACAACCGCUUUUCCCCUCUUCCAGUCUUGUCUACCAUUUUCCCUUUACCCACGGACUUCUUCCUUUAGAGUACGAUUCGGUGGACAUUCGACCCUAAUUUCUCUUCCCCGAGUCCGCCGCGGAAAUGAUAUACUCGACAGCAUAUCUACCCAGUUUCCACGGCUGAAGAUGAUGGAACACCAGGAGCAGAGUGAUGACAUCAGUGUCCUGAGCCCGCUGGAGUUGCUGGCAGAGGCCGCCAAGGAGGAUGAUGGACACUGCCAACCACAGUUCAGGCUGCAACUGAUUGAUGACCUGACCUAUGAAGAUGUCAAGAAAUGCUACAGGGGCUCGACUGUCAGCAAGUACAAUUCCCAGUACCACAAGCUGUUCCAGACCGUGCCCAAGGAGGAGAUCCUCAUGAAAGUGUAUUCCUGCGCUCUUCUCCGAGACAUCCUACUUCAGGGCCGCCUCUACAUCUCCCGCAACUGGCUGUGUUUCUAUGCCAACCUCUUUGGGAAGGACAUCAAGGUGGCCAUUCCAGUGGUGUCAGUACGGCUGGUGAAGAAACACAGGACAGCAGGCCUAGUACCUAACGGGUUGGCCAUCACUGUGGACACCAGCCAGAAGUAUGUGUUUGUGUCCUUGCUGUCCCGAGACAGUGUCUACGAUGUCCUCAGAAGGAUCUGUACACACCUUCAGGUGAAUGGGAAGAAAAGCCUUAGCCUGAAGCAGUACUUGGAGGAGCCUAGCUCACUAUCUAUGGAUGAGUUCCCUGUGGUCAAUGACUUCCCUCCAGUGUUGAAGUGGAGGAGAAAGCCGUCCAUUCCGUCCGUGUCUUCCUCUCUCCCAGACCUCCUGGGGAACUCCACCAGCAGCCUGAGCGCAGUGGACACCCCCUACCUACCCACUGAGGUUCCACUGACAUUGAAGAGUAAGAUCAAAGAGCGGAGUUUGGAGACGGAGAAGAUCCUCCUGGCAGAGCCAGUGCCAGAGCUGGGCCACAUGGAGUACCAGCUGCUCAAGUUCUUCAUCCUUCUUAUCAUUCUGCUCAUCAUGUCCUCCUGCUACCUGGCCUUCCGUGUGUGUAGUCUGGAGCAGCAGCUGUCCUUCCUCAAUACACACCCGACAGUGCACAUGAGAGAGAGGUAACACUUGCUGUAUGCUGCGUCCCCAUUGGACAGAUGUCCUGUCAGUCACGGAGGUUCUCCUGAUGAUUGGGCAAACAGAGACUCGGUUCAUUUACCUGUCCCACCAUGUAGGUGUGGAGGAGUGCCCUGCCGGUUCAAUGAGAAGACAAUGACUUGAGAAAAGCCCAGACCUGAAGCAAAAACUGCACUUAAACAGACAGCCUAGUAGGGGGUGCCAGUGAGUCAAUAAUCCUCUUGUCAUUCCCUAGAAAGACUAUGGACACCUCGGACAAGAGACUAGGAUGGAAUGAGGAGAAUGGAGGAGGAUUGGAAGUAGAGGACUACAGAGUAGAUGUCAAUAGGGCUGUGCCAACCAAGUUCACCUGACCUUUGACCUCAAUGUCCUUAUUUUACUGCCAAGGAAUUACAAUUCCAGUCGACUGAUCAGACACCUUCGCAUUCAGGAUUUCAGAGACUAGUCUUAUUUUUUAUUUUUUUUCAGAGACUUUUUCAACAGGAACAGACUGAACCCAGUGGGUGUUUUUUGUGUACACUUUUGUGGAGAGUUGCUGCCAGAGAGACUGAAGACAAGGUAUUCCAUUCCGAUAAGGAACUCAACCUGACCUGGUCAAACAGUUCCCACCGCAACCCACCCGGCAAUGUUUACUGAGCACCGUCACUAAGGCACGAACUCUCCUGUACCCUAAUGAAGAAACUAUUUCAAUAGACAUUAUUAUCAGAACUUUAUCUGCCUGUCAGAAUUGUGAGAUGAUAUGCUAGAGUUACGGCUGAAUUAUAGCGGUCUUGUCAUGCAAACUGAAAACAUGGUACCAUGUGUGUCAGGUGAGGUCGACAAGUCAUGAAGUGAAAGGUGCGUGCGUGUCAGUGUGGGUGCGUGUUUACGUGUGUAUGAGUGUUUUCAACAUUAUGUGUGCAACUUAAACAAGUGACUAGGAAUAUCUCAAGGUAGCGUGCAGCUUCUCCACCUGACAAACGAUGCCUGCAUGUAAUGUAACACUAGAUAUUGACCGAAUUGUAAAGCCAUUGUCUGUGACACUGUUGCAUGGAUGUUAUCGAUGGAGUGGAACUAACGCAGAGUAAAGCAAUGAAGGGAUCGAGAGAGACGCAGGUUGACAGUGAAUGUCGUUGCUGUUCACUUGUUCUUUAACGUUCCACGUGGAGGUGUGUACUAUAGAGAUUGUACAGUACUUGAAACCUAAUCAUUUCAUAGGAGAUUAUGUAUUCAUGUCAUCCAUGGUGUGGAAAAAUAUGGCCUCCACUUCAGCUACUAGGUGCACCUUUUUAAAGCGUAUCUGAGGCUGGUUCAGAGAGAAUUGUGUAGACUAGAGUGUAUUUACUACUAGAGCCUAUAUGUAUUUAUUUGUGUGCAAUUUUGUACUGAGUCAGAAAGGCAUGUUGUUUUUAGUGAGUCUGUAUGGGUGUUUGUUCACUGACGUAUUUCUAACAUGGGUCGUGUUCAUUUUGCACAAAAUGGGGGGGAAACUGAUUUUAAAUGAACUACUUGGAUUUAUCCAAUCGUGCCCUAAUGAAUAUGACCCUGUCUUGCAGUAGGGCUGGAGUCAGCAGUGCCGUGCGUAACUGUGACAGCAGUGACUAAUAAACAGCCUUCCUUGCCUGUG